UCCAGAAACUGAAAACAACAGGAAGAUGUCUUAUUGAGAAAGACCACUUUCAACUUGACCAUGAGUCAAAGAAGGAAGAAAAAUUCCUCAGAUGGAGAAACCAAACCCCGGACUUCGUUUGUCAACAAACUCUUCAGGAGCUCAAAACUCAGGCCCACCAAAGCUGAAAGCAGAAAAAAGAGCAAUGACCUUGAAGCUGCUGAUUUCCAACCCAGCGAUGACACACAGAAAACAGAAAACAUCUUAGAUACUGCUAAGCCUCUCACUUCAGAAAUGGAGUUGGGAUCCAGGAUGGAGAAAAACGAACAGUUCCUGCAGAAGCUGGGCAGAAAGGCUGUCAACAAAUGUCUGGAUCUGAAUAACUGCGGAUUAACGACCGCGGACAUGAGGGAAGUGGUUGCUUUGCUGCCUCUUCUCCCAGACUUGGAAAAACUGGAUAUUUCCUGGAAUGAUCUUAUAGGUGGAACCCUCCAUUCACUCACCCAGCAAAUGCAUCUCGUCAGCAAGUUAAAAAUCCUGAGGCUGGGAAGUUGCAGACUUACCACUGAUGAUGUUCGAGCACUGGGAGAAGCACUGGAGGCAAUACCUGAGCUGGAAGAGCUGAACUUGUCCUGGAACAGUAAAGUGGGAGGAAACUUGCCUCUGAUCCUCCAGAAGUUCCAAGAAGGGAGCAAGAUACAAACGCUUGAGCUCGUAGAUUGCGACCUCACAUCAGAAGAUGGGGCGUUUGUGGGUCAGUUGCUACCCAUGAUGCAAAAUCUUGAAGUACUUGAUCUUUCCAUUAACAGAAACAUCGGUGGCAGUCUGAACAGUAUUGCUCAGGGAUUAAAAAGUACCUCAAAUCUGAAAGUACUGAAGUUACAUUCAUGUGGACUAUCGCAAAAGAGUGUCAGAAUAUUGGACGCUGCUUUUAGGUACUUGUGUGAACUGAGGAAAUUAGACCUUUCCUGCAACAAGGAGCUGGGUGGAGGUUUUGAAGACUCGUCAGCUCAGUUGGCCAUGUUGGAGCAUCUAGAAGUCCUGGAUCUUCACCAGUGCUCGCUGACGAUAGAUGACGUGAUGUCGCUGACCCAGGUAAUCCCUUUACUCUCGAGUCUUCAAGAGUUGGAUUUAUCUGCCAACAAAAAGAUGGGCGGCUCUUCUGAAAACCUACUCAGCCGGCUCCGAUUUUUACCAGCCCUGAAGUCCUUACUCAUCAACAACUGUGCUUUGCAAAGUGAGACGUUUACCGCCCUCGCUGAAGCCUCUGCUCACCUCCCUGCUCUGGAAGUAUUCGACCUUUCUUGGAAUAAAUGUAUUGGUGGCAACCUGAAGCUGCUUCUGGAAACACUGAAGUUCUCAGAGUCCCUUCAAGUGCUGAGACUGAGCAGCUGUUCCCUGGUGACAGAGGACGUGGCUGUCCUGGCAUCACUAAUACGGACGGGUCAUCUUGCCAAGCUGCAGAAGCUUAUCCUGAGCUAUAACGACAGUAUCUGUGACACAGGAUGGGCCAUCUUCUGCCAAAACAUGUGGUUCCUCAAAGAGUUAACCGAGCUGGAUAUCAGCCUUAGGCCAUCAACUUCCCGGGACUGCGGACAAUGGUUUAGACAUUUGUUAUGUGCUGUCACCACACUUCCCAAGAUCACGGAGAUAGGGAUGAAAAGGUGGAUCCUCCCUGCUACACAGGAGGAAGAACUCGAACGUUUUCACCAAGAUCACAGAUGCAGCAUUCACUUUGACCUUGGUGAAUUUCAGGAAGCUGAUUUCCCACGGCUUAACUAAGCUAUAAACCAUUAUCUGGAGGAGGAAAAAAACAUGAAUGAAUCCCAGUGUAAUCAAAGGAGUAUCAACUUCUGGGCUGUUUAGUGGGAUUGAUGUUACAAAAGCUUUGUAAAUAUGUAUAUGGUAAUCUAAUAUGAGCAUGUCUUUAUUCUCAAAUGACAAGGAUGACAUUUUCCCCUGGAGUUUCAUUUAUUUUGGAAAUCUAAUUCACUUACUAUUUAGAAGGCCUGCCAAAGAUGUUUAGAUUCUGGUAACACAUUUCCUUUUUUCUUGCCCUGGAAUUUUCUCCCUCUUGUUUUCCUACAUGAUAAAUGUUCUAAAUAUAAGGGUGUGUAAGUACAUGUGUGAGUGUGUGUAUGAGUGUGAGCGUGAAAUCUAAUGUGAAAAGCACUAGCUAUGUAAUAGUUUUAUGUUAUCAUUAUUAUUAUAUGUAUCUUAAUGUAAACUACUUGCAUUUUUAUCAGGAAGUGUGCCCUUCCAUGGUUUAUUAUUUUAUGUCCUGGUGCUUUUUAUCUCAGAUAUAAACCAUGAAUGCUAAUAAUGGUCACUGACAUAAAUCUUAGUAAAAAGGUGGUCAAAAAAUCAAAACCCAGUAU